CUUCUUUGACCACCCAUCCAAGAUAUCCCUUUCGGGCAACCAUAAAUAUCCAACAUCUCUGAGCAGCUAAUCAUCCUGUGGGUCUUCUUCUUCUCCUUCUCUCUCUAACACCAAUGGCUGCGCACUCUCUUUACAGUUAUCUCCUCUUGUCCAACGCGAUCACACUGCUGCUCGUGUCCCCGUGCUGCGUGGGGCUUGGGCUUGACACGGUGAGGGACUUCCUCACCAGGGAGGAGGACACCAUCGUCUUCAGCCUCAUCGAGAGGGCCAAGCACCCGCUGAACCUCCCGGCCUACGAGGAGCACGCGUGGUUCGGCCCCGACGGUCGCCGGCACAACGAUUCCUUCGCCGAGCUCUUCGUCCGGGAGUCCGAGCAGAUCCAGGCCAAGGCUGGAAGGUACCAAAGCCAGGAGGAGAUCCCUUUCUUCCAUUCCAGAGUGCCCUUCACACUGGCACCUCCAUACAACUUCACAACCGAUCUGUAUCCUGGGGCAGAAUCUGUUAACGUGAAUGAUAUCAUAUGGGGCAUAUAUUUCAACGAACUGCUCCCUCUACUGGCCAAGAAUGGUGAUGAUGGCAACUACGCUGUAACUGCUGCUUCAGAUCUUGCAUGCCUGCAGGCGCUGUCGAGGAGGAUCAAUUAUGGGAGGUAUGUCGCAGAAGUGAAGUUCAGAGGAGACCAGCAAAGAUACACAGCUUUAAUUGGCUCGAAGGACAAGGAUGCUCUGAUGAAACUGUUGACAUCAGAAGCCCAAGAGAAUGUGGUGAAGAGGAGGGUAGAGAAGAAAGCCAUGGUGUUAGGCCAAGAUAUAACUUUGGAUGGACCAACUGAGACCGGUGACACGAACAGUGGUCAAUCCAGUUUUAAAGUUGCACCUUCAGUAGUUUAUAAACUCUAUGAUCAAUGGGUUAUCCCAUUGACCAAAAAUGUGGAGGUUGAUUACCUGCUCCAUCGUCUCGAUUGAGCAACGCCUUUCUCAAGCCAGCUAACCUAUUUGUUCACAGUUAUUGACAGUUGUUACAUAUUUACAUGAAGGGAUAACGCAAUAAGAAACAUGCAGAAUACCUGCAUAAUUGUGAA